GGCAAGAGGAACGGGGAGGGGGCGGAGUCAGGGGAGAAGUUUCGCUUUCGCUUUCCAGUCCAUCUCUCCCACGCUUCAGAUCUACCCAGCAACCGCCGCCGCAAUCUGCACGCCGUUUUUCCAUUGGUGGAAUAUUUCCGCCGCAGCUCCUCUUCCGGACCCUUCUGCUGGCGGGGCGGGGAUUGCUUCGUCCCGAUGGGGGUCCUCAUCCGUGGGGGCCCCUGGAUCCUGUGCGCUGCUGCCCACCUGCUCCUGCUGGACUGCGCUGCCUCUUCCUCCCACUCCAUGCGCAAUUUUUACACUGGGGUGUCAGAGUCCGGCCAGGGGCUGCCCUGGUUCGUUGCCGUGGGCUACUUAGAUGACCAGCCCAUCUACUACUACGACAGCGAUACCCGGAGGGAAGAGCCUGCGGUGCCCUGGAUGGAGAAAGUAGAGGAGGAUUAUCCCAAGUUCUGGGACAGGCAGACGCAGAUCUUGCAUGGCUGGGAGCAGACGUUCAGAGCGAACGUGGAGAUUGUAAGGAACCUUUACAACCAGAGCAAGGGGUUUCACACCUGGCAAGCCAUGUACGGCUGCGAGCUGAGGCAGGACGGGCACAUAAGUGGGUAUUCCCAAUUUGGCUACGACGGGAGGGACUUUGUCACCUUCGACAAGGAGACCCUCACCUGGACGGCAGCUGACACAGCAGCCCAGGUGACCAAGAGGAGGUGGGAUGCCGACUUGGCUGCCAACCAGCGCAGGAAGCACUUCCUGGAGGAGAUUUGCAUCGAGUACCUGCGGAAAUACCUGAACUACGGGAAGGAGGUUCUGCUCAGGACUGAGGCUCCAGUGGUCAAGGUGAGCAGGAAGGCAGACUAUGACGGCCUGGAGACCCUCGUUUGCCAAGUCCACGGCUUCUACCCCAAGGAGAUUGAGGCCAACUGGGUGAAGGACGGGGAGGUCUGGCAGGAGGGCACCCUCCGAGGAUUGGUCGCCCCCAACUCGGACGGGACCUACUAUCUCUUUCUCAGUGUCAAGAUCGCCUCUGAGGAGAGGGAGCGCUUCCGGUGCCGCGUGGAGCAUGACAGCCUGGAGAAGCCUCUGGACGUGGCCUGGGAGGAGCCAGCAUCCAACAUGGGACUUGUUAUUGGGUGCAUCUUGGUAGCUGUCCUGCUGGCUGGAAUUGCUGGGAUCUUGGUGUGCAUCAAGAAAAGGAAAGAUGGAUACAGAGCAGCAUCAGGUGACCCUGGAGAGGGUGGGGUCAUCCCAUGUGUAGUCCUCGAGGAUGCUGAGCAAGCCUGAUCUUGCCUUGUCGUGAUUCACCAGCCGGGGCGGACAAGGGAGAGUUGCCUCUGAUCCAAUGAUGGUUGCUUGCUGAUGUGGUUUUGAGGAUUUGUCUCGUAUGGCGAGAGUGUUGGUUUGCAUUUCUUUGUACAGAAAGUAUUGAUCUGAUGUGUAGAGAUCUUUCCUGUUCUGCUUAAUCCAAGAGGGUUCUGGAAGGUUUCUUCUCUGUGUGAAAGAAAGAUCUCGUUAGGGUUAUUCCUUCUGAGUACAGCUGGUUUCAGGGACGCAGAUGGUGCUGUGGGUUAAACUACAGAGUCUAGGA